UCCCACUCCCCACGUUCCCACUUCCAUACAAGAACGGUAGAACCUCCCCCACCUCCCCACCGUCCCCCCGCCUCCGUCCUCCGCCAAGAACUCGAGACGAUGGCUCGCCGCUGCUCGAUCCCGAUGCCCGUCCUCGCCGCGGCGGUGAUCGCCGCGGCCUUCGCGGGCCGCCUCGCGUCGGCGGAUUCGACGAUGGACUGCAUCAACCGGAUGGUGCCGUGCUACCAGUACCUGAACUCGACCGCGAAGCCGCCGGCGAGCUGCUGCAACCCGCUCAAGGCGCAGGAGGCGGCGACGAUCGCCUGCCUCUGCAACCUGUACAACACUCCCGGCAUGCUCGAAAAGUACAACAUCAACGUCACGCAGGUCCUCCGGGUCGGUCAGGGAUGCGGCGUCAAUGCCACCACCAGCGUCUGCAAAGAGAGCGCUGCUCAGUCUCCCACAUCUCCAGGCGUAGCGGGGAGCAGCGGGCACAACGGCGGAAACAGAGCCUGGACAGGGAUUUCUUGGUUCCUCUUGUCGAUUUGGGCAUCAGUGAUGCUUUAUUGAGACAUGCCGGAAGUACGAAAUGACUGAGUUUGUUGAGCAUUUUGCUUCCGAGGAGCAUCGCAUUUCCUGAGAGCACACAGAGAUUUUCAAUCGGUUUCUUUGUCAGCCUUUGCUCAAACAUUGAUUGUUUAAGUUUAGUGUCAAUGAUGCUCUAUGAUUUCGUCGCAUCAUUUUUAUCACAAACAGAGAGUUUAUCGACUACAUAAAGUCAUGUAUUCCAAUUUUGUUGAUAUAUUUUGUUA